GCGUAGCCGUGAGGAACCUUAAAUCCGCACCCUGCUUGAGUCUAUCGCAUUCACUGAAUCCUCCCCGUCUCAGAGCAACACAGAGAGCAUUUUUCAGCAAUGGCCAAUUACAUCCACGUCCCAGAUGGCUCGCCGGCGGUGCCAAAAUUAGACGUGACGGUAGAUGAGCACGAUUAUAGAGCCGGGGCGCUGAAACUCAUCAAGACACUCAGACCCCAUUGGAAGCCUUCGGAGGUCAAAAUGAAGACGUUCACAGAUGGCAUUACGAACAAGCUGAUUGGAUGUUAUGUCGGUGGGUCCAUGCAGGAGGUGGUUCUGGUGCGGGUUUAUGGGAACAAGACGGAACUGUUCGUGGACCGUGAAAACGAAGUGAAGAGCUUCCGUGUCCUGCAGGCGCACCGAUGCGCCCCGCGCCUCUACUGUACAUUCAACAACGGCCUAUGCUAUGAGUUUCUACAGGGUGUAGCGCUGGAGCCUGAGCACAUCCGCAGCCCCGCCAUCUUCAGGCACAUUGCGAGGCAGAUGGCAAAAUACCAUGCCAUUCAUGCCCACAAUGGCUGGGUGCCCCAGUCAGGUCUCUGGCUGAAGAUGAGCAAGUUCUUUUCUCUUGUUCCUUCACACUUUGAAGACCCUGAGAUGGACCAGAGACUGAACAAUGAAGUUCCCAGUGCUGCAUGUCUCAGAGACGAGAUGAUCUGGCUUCAGCAGAACCUUUCUAAACUGGGUUCUCCAGUGGUUCUCUGUCACAACGAUCUGCUCUGUAAGAACAUCAUCUACAACCAAAAGGAAGGAAAUGUGAAAUUCAUUGACUACGAAUAUGCUGGGUACAAUUACCAAGCUUUUGACAUUGGGAAUCACUUCAAUGAAUUUGCAGGUCUGAAUGAAGUGGAUUACACCCUAUAUCCUGACCGGGAGCUACAGAUGCAGUGGCUCCGGGCCUAUUUGGAGGCCUACAAAGAGUACAAAUCACAAGGCUCGCAGGUCUCCAACACUGAAGUGGAGCUGUUGUACGUACAAGUCAACCGUUUCGCCUUGGCGUCACAUUUCUUCUGGGGACUGUGGGCAUUAAUCCAGGCUCAGUACUCCACCAUUGACUUUGACUUCUUGGGAUACGCAGUCCUCCGCUUCAACCAGUACUUCAAAAUGAAGCCCGAGGUGAUGUCACUGCACCUUCCCGAAUAAUCCCUCAAGUCAACAUUUGCGCUACUCUAGAGAAGGGCUCCCCCUGGUGGACACCCAAACUAGCCGGAGACCACAUCUGAACACAUCAUUUUAGAUAAGCCCCAAAUCAUCUCUAAACUCAAAGUGGGUUUAGCAAUAGCAAAACAAGCACCUAUGCCCUCCUUGUCAUCAAGACACAAUGCCAACGUCAUUGUCAAUUGAUGAAGCAAACAACUAGCAUGCGGUUGGCUUUUACUCCAAUGUAUGUGAAGAUUGAGCUCUAAAAAUAAAGAAAAGCUCCCCAGAUAGUGAUCCUACACAGACAGAAACAUAAAGGAGGGCCGCUGCGUCCCAUUUUCAGCAGCUAACCAUCACCCUAAAGGUCAUUCCUGCUCGUUUACACAACUUUCAAUGGGAGAAAUCGGUGUACUGUAAGAUAAUCUUGGGUUUACUGUAUGGAUAGUCGCUGAUACUGGUGAACUUGGGGCCUGUUUUUGUUCAAGCGAGGGUUGUUCGUAGCACAGAUGUGUAAUUCGGGGACCAAUAGAAGCUUCGUUGUUCGUCCCGGCAGACGAUUCCUCUGUCGCCCCGUCACUGUGAACCACUGUUUCUCAAUGUUUUUUUUUUUUCUCAGCGUGGUGCUUGGAGAAAGUAGACGCACAGUAGCCGUGGCUACAUUGAGCCGGUAGCUAAUCUGAAGCCCACACCAAAGUGCUGAUAUUUACUUUUGCUUGUACAUUACGCACAGUGUAUUUUCUGUGGAGACAAAAAAAAUGUACAGUGGUUUUUGUACUUAUUUAAAAUGGCGCUGUUAAUGAGAACGCUCGUGCUUUUUCUAGGUGAUUUUUUCCUGGAGGCCUUAAUGACGGUGUCGACUGCUGGACACGCUAAAGCUUUUGUAUUCCUCCUCCCCGUCUGAAUAGCUAAACUAAACAACAGGCCUUUUAUUUGCACAAACUGACUGCUUUGAGAACAAAACCAGUCCUCAUUUUAUCCUGCAAUGGGCCGCUUUUUCUGCUUCGGAAAUGAAGACUAGAUUUCACUGCAAAUAGUGGAGAUUUCAGUAACACUUUUGAUUCGAUUUUACUAUUUAUUUUAUUUACAUGGGCUCUGUUUCACAUGUUACUAAAAGUGAAACGCCAUGGUGAAUAUGUCGUUCCCUUCAUGCAGAAAAAAACAUUCUGUUGAUUAAAAUGGUUUAAAACCGAGGUCAAAACUGAACUUAUUUGGAGUAAUCUCAAAUUUCUUAGAAAUAUAAUAUGUUGGGUCAAAUUAUAUGAUUGCGGUAUAUGACACUUUUUUAUAUAGAUUUAUUUUUGUUAUCUGUUACUCUUAUUCAAUGGCUUUGGCCAGUAGUUUUCUUGCGUUUCGCAGGAAAAUUCUAUAAACUAUAUUGCAGAGAUGAUUAGAAAUGUUUCUUAAGCAUCAAAUCAGCAUAUUAUAAUGAUUAAUGAAUGAUUAUGUGACACUGAAAACUGGAGUAGAAACCGUAAUCUUGUUUAAAUCGUAAUGAUAUUUCACAAUAUUACUAUUUUUAUUGCAUUUCUAUCAUUUCUGUUGUUUUAAUCAAAUCAAUGUGACAUUGUGUAUCCUGGGAGACAAAAUUUUAGAGCAGAUCUAGUAUAGACAACACCAUAUGUGAACAUUUCAUUUAUUAAAAUUGACAUGUAUACAGCUGAUAUCAUAAUUAUUAGCCCCUCUGAAUUAUUAGCCCCCCUGUGAAGAGAAGAUUUUAACACAUUUCCGAACAUAAUAGUUUGUUCUGUAAACUAUCGAAAAAAUAUAGCUUAAAGAGACUUAUAAUUUUGAUGGCUUUUUAAAAUUAAAAACUGCUUUUAUUUUAGCCAAAAUAAAACAAAUAAGACUUUCUGCAGAAGAAAAAAUAUUAUCAGACAUACUGUGAAAAUUUUCUUUGCUCUGUUAAACAUCAUUUGGGAAAUAUUUAAACAAGAAAAAAUGGGGGGCUUAUAAUUCUGACUUCAACUGUAUAUAAGAAAAUCAACUGCAUUUAAUUUUUGAUUCUGCUUCGUACAUGCAGGAGCAGUUUAUUAUUAAGUGUGACCAAUAUUUAACUCAAGUUCCAGCCGCUUUCUUGCUUCAAGACUUGCCUUCGUGCCGCAUGGCUGCCCUCAUUUACCUCAGUUUCGUCCUUCAGUUUGCCUAUAUCUCAAACAACCAUAUACAAUUUUGUACAUACUAGAAACUGUGAACCUCGGGUUGUUUCGUUGUAUUUUGAAGAACGCUUUUUUUUCUAUGCCAGUUCUUUUUGUAACUUUCAAACUAGCACCUUUAUCGCAUUUCUGAACCGUCAAGGACCACACAUAAUGCUAUUGUACUUUUUUUCAAAGUAAUACAUCCAGAAACAUUCAUCAAACAUCUUUACUUUGGGAAAUCUCUCACGCUUUUAAGUGUAUGUAAAUGAUCUGAUUUCAUUUGUAUAAAACCGAAAGUGAUGGGCGGUUCCAACUUUCAGCCAAUGCAGCGAUCUGGUGAACAUGAAAUGUACAGGACUGCCUCGUGCAAGCAUCCACUGGCGGUUUUUAAUGUAUAUAUAACUGUAAACAAACUGUACAAAAAGAUCUUUGCUUAUUAUUAAACAAUGCCCAUUGUCAAUAACUAAACAGAGAUUUUUUCUAAGCAGAAGUACUGUUAAGUAGAUUUAAUUAUAAUCUUGGGAUAAAAUCCUGAAGUGUUGCAUUGUAGAUUCUGUAUCAAAUCGUUCGAGUAGAAAUAAAAAUCUGCAAGUUUUA